AUAACUGUGGUAGACAAGUCCAGUGUUCACUCCCUUUCCAUAUGGUAUUGCCACUGCCCCGGUGCUCUCAGCCGAGACAUGCAGCUCUUUCAAGCAGGCUUGUUCCCAGCGUCUUUCACCAGACCAAAAACUGCAUUCACAUUUGCUGUCUUGGACGACUUUCUGUUAGACAAUCUUGAGUGCGGUACAUCGGCCAUGAAUUACUACAGCAAAAUUCGCAGACUCACCUCAAGCAUAUUUCCGAUGGUGGUUCUGGAUCGCUACAGAGAGCUCAUGAGAGCUGCCAGGCAGUGGCGACAAUGCAAGCUCUACAAGUGGCAUGGAUUUGCCCACAAAGAUGACCAGCCAAAGGACGGUGAUCUCGCUCUAUUUUGUCUGGCAUGUCCGCAACCGGGUAUAAACUUGGACCUGUCUGCUGGUACAGUCGCCCAGCCGGACGAUACACCUUCCUGGCUCAUGACUAGAUAUUUGGUCAUGGAUGGAGACUUUAAAGCUGAGCACAUGCAUCCUGUGAAUCCAUCCGAUGAAGUUUCAUUGAUGGAUGGUCUGGGGUUCAUGGUCUCCAAUGAAAGAUACAAGAAACAUUUGUCCAUUGCGCAAGACCAUGUCCAAAGGUUGGAUUGCAAUAAUCACCGGGCAGUAAAUCAAGCAAAC